AUGCCCCGGACGCACGUCGUCCUUCUGUUGGCGUUUUGGUAUGCUUUGGCAGAUGACCAAACAAUUCAGGAAGCUGUUAACAAAGUGGCGCUAGAUCAAGAUAUCGCCACAGUUCUUCUGGGACCGAGUGACGGUGUCCACGGACGCUUCCUGAGUGUACGUCCUACUGUAGGUGUUGUCACAUCUACAGCACGAACGUUUAUACAGGAGGGUGCAACUACGGAAUUCGCUAGUCACAUAGUGGCUACGCGAUUAGCUGAUGGUCGGAUAGCUCAUUUAUUGGCUCGAACUUCACGUGUAUUUUAUGAUGAUCACGAGCGUUCUCCCAAACCUGAUCCGCGUCUCAACGAUGUAACAGCGUGGCCUCAUGAGGGUACAUUCAUCGGCAAUACUGACUAUGUAGUUCCAUUGGCAGUAAAAAAUGAAUCCACGACAAUGACAGAAGUUAGAGUUACAAAAUUGAAUUCUACUAAACCCACGAUGUUAAAAACUUCUGUGAAGUAUGGAGAGGUGGGAAAUGUAGCCACCUUCACUGUUAUUUCUGACAAUGAAGCGAUUGGAUCGGAGCGAGAAGUCAGGCGACUUCCCAAUUUUCAACUUGAAACACAUGUGCCGUUUUCACAUAUAACUUACUAUGGGUUUGCAGACUUCACAACUACCGUAGGUGAUACAGUCAUUGUAUUCUCACCAAGUACUGCUACUGCCUAUAUGGCUCAUGUCACAUCAAUUAAAGGCGAUGCAACACUUAUUGAUUUAACUAGCCCCAUAACUACUGAAGAAGUAACUGAAGAAGUAACUGAAGAAGUGACAACUGAAGAGGUGCCAACGAAUAUAAAGAUAAACGAUGUAGUUGAGUCUUCAUCUUUGGAAAUAAUAACACUAAGCACCCCUACCAAAAAUGAGAUCUCUAGCAUAUUUGAAUCACUUCAGCAUGGAACAUCUGAGCAGGAAACUCUGGUAAAGAAUGGAGUAACCACUAUAUUUUUCGAGGAAGAGGCCCUUGAUCCAAGCGAAGUAGAUACAGUAACCACGCAAUUGAUCGAUUGUAUUGGUGACACUUUUACACAUAUCACUAUGUUUGCCACCAUGGAUACUAUAUCUCGAGAGACUGACACAGUGACGCAAUGUACACAAACAACUAAAGCGUUAUUAACGACAACGGACGAAACGACAACGGAACUUCAGCAGACCGUUACUGAAGAAAUUUCCACGAGUGAAAUUACUAUAGAAGCUGAAGAUCAAACAGAAACUACAGAUAUACCAACUGAAGCGCCAGCGGAUAUUGAAGUCAUCUAUAAAACAUUGUACACAACGUAUACUUAUCUUACCACGUUUUUUCAUGCGUCCACAUCGUCUGUGGCUACCAGAAAAGAAGUGGUGACUAAUGUUGUUACCACAACAGUAAUGCCUUCUGUGAUAACACAAUUUUCUGACAUAGUUGAGCUUAUAGAGCCAGAUAGGGAAGCAGUGGCAUACAGCGUCACACCAGAGUUGGCGCGUUCUAUUUCACCCAAAAAUGGAGUUCGCACUGUUUAUACAACCUACACCUAUUUUACUACUAUCUUCGUUGAUGGUGAAACUGAUAUCUCCAGUCGCACGGAAGUAUAUACCAACUACAUAACAGGUAGUGCGUCCCGGGUUUUUGACAACUACAUUACUAUGACACGAUUAACAGAUAAUGUAACAUUAUCAGUUACUGACGUACGCAGCUCAAGUAGUAAUGGUGACAGCGAAGUCCUGGGAAACCAGUUAGAUGACCAGGUGAGCAGCGAGAGUAACAACGAAGAUGUGAUACCUUCGGCUACUCUGUUACUUCAGACAUCUUUCACCACCUUCACAUACUUCACAACAAUGUAUAUGGGCUCAAUGUCAUCUGUCGUAUCGCGUCUCGAAACUGUUACAAACGUUGUAACAGAAACAGUUGACUUGGACAAUGCCAGAACACGAGAGGUUACUUCGGAUUUGAUGCUUCCUAUUACUUACUUUACGACUUUUACCUAUUGGACAACACUUUUUCGAGAUGGUACAACAACCACCACUUCGCGGGAGGAAACUGUAUCAAAUGUAAUAGAAGAAAGCACUCAAGUGACUAGUGUUAAUCCGGAAGCUAUUGCAACUACGCCAUCAACUUUCUUCACUACUUAUACUUAUUUCACUACGUCAUAUAUAGGAGAUGACACAGUACUUCAAAGUCGGUUCGAAACAGUAACCAAUGUAGAAGUACCUUCUGCACGUGCAAUCAAUAUAGCCACGUUGAAUAUAGAUAGUACAAACACCUCAAUGGAACUACAAUCAAACUCAAAAAAUAUUCUGUCACGGAACUAUGGUCGGAUUGUUGAAGCUGACGGUGUAACAACUAUUCUUUUCACCACUGAAGCACUUGGAACACUUAUAAAUGACCUCUACGCUCAGGUGAUCGAGAGCACAUCGACUGUAGUUCUUAACAACGAACAUGCAACUUCGGAACCUACGGAAAGUCUCUCUACGGGGCUAGUUCGUCUUAUUGAUGGCACGAUUGUAAUGAACCACACAACUACGUUAUAUCAAUCUCGUGUAAUUGGUACAAUGAUCGACGGACGGUAUGCUCAAAUAAUCGAGAGUACAUCUCGAUACCUCAUUGACCGUACGCUGGCACCUUUGACGACGGCUCUGCCUACUAUAGAGCCUACAGAAAGUUUAACCGAAUCAUCUGAGGACAGUCAAUUGUUAAUAUCACGGAAACGUACCUUUACACCUGUAAUUCGACCUUUUUCAAGUCGUGCUCGACCUACCUUCAAUCCAAAACGCAAAGGCGCUAGCGCUCUUACUGUUACACGCACUGACCUUACACCCACAAUCAAAGCCACUCCAGCAUUGGAAUCAUCAAAAGGAGCACGAUUUACAACUCGUAAAAUGAUCGUCUCACCAUCUGCGAGUUCUAGUCGACGCUUUACGAGACCUCGUAUUUUAUCGCCCAGCAGUACCCGUCGGACGAUAGCACCAGUGUCUUCUACCAUUGAAGAGUCAAUUGGAAAUAAUAUGAAAUUGCGAAGGCCAACUCUACCAAUUCGCAGAACUUCAAUUUUGGCACUGACGACAACACCACGACCACGACGUGUCAACUUUGGAAACAGGACGCGAAUAUCUUCUCUCUUUCCACCUCGAACGCGCCCUACUGAAAUCGGACAAGAAGUAGACGAGGACCGUUUAUCUCCGACAAGAAGAAAACGUCAAGCAGUAGAGUAUGGUUCCAGGGCUCGUUUUGUGGGAAGACGAACCACUACAACAACAACAACACCAACGUCCGUCUAUAGAAGACGAACAUCAACUAGGGGAAGGUCAAAUUACCGUGGAGUCACUCAACGCCAAAGAGUUACAUCUAGAAGGCCACCCACUCGCACAAGAGGACGGACUGAAAUCUCCGACAAUUUAGUCACAACUAUAGAUGAUACACUCACAGUAACUCACUUAUUGCCGGUAGAAACGAGCUUAUCAGGUCGCCAUUUCGUGACACAGAGUAAAAGUGUGGAAAUAGUACCACCUUCAGGAUACAGUGUAGUUGGGGGCACAACUCUGCUCGGACAAAUGACAAACAUAGUAAAUGGUGGUACUGAGAUAACUCAACUCUGGUUGCGUGAGAGUCCUACAACUACAAUUGUGUUCACUCCGACAACAAUAAGAGGCCGUCGAACAUCGUUCUCACAUGUUGUACCAACUACAGCAUACACAGUGGAACGGCAAGUGUCGACUAUGAUAGACAAUGGUGCUCCGCUAGCCAACAUAUUGUUAUCACAGUUGCUGCUGGGAAAUCUGGGACAACUUGGCCAACUAGGCCAACUGGGGCAGUUGGGACAUCUUGCUAACAUGCUAUCAACCAAUCCACGCCCUGUUACACAUUACCAAACACUCACUACGACAUUUGUAACUAUACUUACCACUGAAGCCUCAACAGUGCUGCCGCUGACGUUCCAUGGCAAACAAGUAUUGACAACAAUCUUUGAUCAAACAUUAUCAACUGUUACGGCAACUGAGUACAUCACAAACACCGUCGUAGAACCCGCUAGUCAGGCACCACAGCUCAGCAAUUUUUUGCUUCCAUUUUUGUUGCAGCAUUCGGAUUUCGACCAUUUACAGACAAUAGAGGAUGAGUCUCCUCGUGCUAGUACAUCUAUAAUUACACUUUUUGUGAGCGGUCGAACACCGGGAGACUUUAGUACACUGCUAUCGACGGUAGUAGAUCGGCCCAAACGAACUGCAUUGCUAACCACAAUUCCGUGUACUACCACAUCUACGCCUUUUUUCGUGUGA